UUAAUUAUGGAAAAAAAACGAAAUGAAACUUUACCUAAUCUCGCAACGGAAACUAUAGUUCAAAUUUUCAAGGAUUUGGAUUUUCAUAGCUUACAUUCUUGUGCGCUUGUUAAUCGAUAUCUAUGUCAAGUUGCAAUUCCAAUGUUAUGGAUGGAACCAUUCGAAAACAUUUAUAAAGAGACCAUACCUGAAGAAUCCAAAUUUAAAUUAACGAAUGCUGGAAUUGUGGGUUUUUAUAAAACAAAAUAUCCAAAUUACGAUUAUCCGAGUUUUUUGCAAAGUUUAGAUAUUAUAAGUUUAUUCUUAGGUUGCCGUGCUUGGUUAGGUAUAAGAUUUAAAUAUAAACUUGCAUCUUCAGUAGAAACCAGUUUACUUUUACAUCAAAUUAGGAUACUAUUUUUUGAAUUAUGUAAACUUUUUAUGAGUCAAAGUAUGGAUAUUAAGGGAUUAUAUUUGAUAAAUAAGAAAUUUUCAGAAGAAUUGGAAUGUGGAGAAAAGUGUGACGAUCAUUGUUUAAAAAAUUGUCUUAUUAAUCGUGUUAUCAAUCCAAUCGUCAAUCAAAUACCUGAUUUACCUGGAGCUUCAAAAUGUUUAACUAAAUUGGAAUGUUUAGGAACCGAUGAUAAUACUCCCAUAGAAUUUCUUCAAAAAAUUUCUUAUUCAUGUAAAGAAAUAAAAAAUUUAAU